AUGCGUCUUGCAUUGCAAAAGACGCUCGCUCAGCGCGCGCUCUUGCUCUUGCAGACCUUGGCUAUCUUGAGUCCUGUCGUAAAAGCCUUUUACAUUCCAGGCUGGUCGAUCAGGAGCUAUGCCGACAAGGAACAGAUCCCACUACUCGUCAACAAGGUAUAUUCGGACAACACGCAGCUGCAGUAUGCCUACUUCGACCUCCCCUUUGUUUGCCCGCCGACGGGGCAGAAUCGCCACGGCGGUCUUCUCAGCGGACAAAGCCUUCCGCUCAACCUGGGCGAAGUGCUGCGGGGCGACCGAAUUACAGCUUCCGACGUAGAUCUCACCAUGGGCCAGAACACCGAGUGCAAGUAUCUCUGCACCCGGGACAUGUCCCGGAAGGAGCUGAACCGUGCCAAGCAGAUGGUCCGCGAGGGCUACGUGGUUGAGUGGAUCGUCGAUAAUCUCCCUGGAGCCACCAGCUUCGUCACCGUCGACAAGACACGCAAGUACUACGCCGCUGGCUUCAAGCUUGGCUUUACCGACUCAUCUUCGGGCAAGCCCCGCUACUUUCUCAACAACCACCACACUAUCGUCAUCCGCUACCGCAAGGCUGCCGGACACGCCGGCGAGCGUGGGAAGAAGAUCGUUGUCGGCUUCGAGGUCUACAGCAAGAGCAUCGGCCCUACCAACAAACGGCUGGAGGACGGCUGUCCUGCCGACCUGCGCACAAUCGACCAGAACUUUGAGCUCUAUCUCGCCCCCAACCGCUCCUCCACCCCGGAAGACAAAGCUCGAUACGAGCACUCGUCGUACCACCCGGACCCCUCUGAGGAUUACGGUGCCGAAGACGACGGCUCGCGCCUCUCGAUCCCGUACUCCUACUCUGUCUACUUCCAGGAGGACAAUUCGGUCGAAUGGGGACACCGUUGGGACCUCUACUUUGUCAACCAGGAGGAGGGCUCCAAGAUCCACUGGCUGGCCAUCAUCAACUCGCUCAUCAUCUGCGGCCUGCUCACCGGCAUCGUGCUGAUUAUUCUUGCCAAGACCAUACGCACUGACAUUAAGAGUUACAAGGAUGCCCUGGUCGAGGAGGGCAAAUCGCGCACAAAGCGACGCAGCCGGAGGGCUGUUGGCCAGAGCGGCGCUGGGUCUGGGACUGGAAGCGCGACCCCGACGGUGGGCGAGAAGGUGCCGGUCUCAAGCGUGGGCGUUGGAGUCGGUCUCGGCCUGCUCGACCAGGAGGCUGAUGCGGCGCUGUCCGGUGGCGACGAUGAGGCCCUGUCCUCGGGCGACGAGGCCUUGGAAGAUGUGACAGGCUGGAAGAUGCUGCACGGCGACGUAUUUCGAACUCCGGUCCACGGGUCGCUGCUCGCCCCUCUUGUCGGCUCGGGCAUGCAGCUGCUCUUCAUGGCCUUCAGCCUGGUCUUUCUAAGUGCGGUCGGUAUCCUAAACCCCAGCUUCCGGGGCGGCUUCGUCAGCUUUGCCAUCGGCCUGUUUGUCUUUGCCGGAGUCUUUUCCGGCUACUUCUCGGCUCGGGUCUACCGCACCUUUGACGGCCAAAACUGGCGCCGGAACACGCUCGUUACCGCCAUCCUGUUUCCGGGGCUGCUCUUCAGCGCCGUCUUUGUCCUGAACCUGUUCGUCUGGGCACAGGCUUCGAGCACGGCCAUCCCGUUUGGGACACUCAUCGGCAUCCUCCUCCUCUGGGUCGGCAUACAGGUGCCUCUGGUGUAUGUCGGUUCUUGGUACGGCUACGUGCGAAUCGGUGCUUGGGAGCAUCCUACCAAGAUCCAUGCUGUGCCACGCCAGAUCCCUCAACAGGCAUGGUAUAUUCGCGACGUUCGGACGAUAUUGCUGGCGGGGCUUAUUCCGUUCGCGGUAAUCUUCAUCGAGCUUCUGUUUGUCUUUCAGUCGGUAUGGCAGGACAAGAGUGGCUACUACUACGUGUUUGGUUUUCUGUCUGUCGUAUCGACAAUUCUCAUUGUCACCAUCGCCGAGGUGACCGUUGUGACGAUCUACAUUCAGCUGUGCUCGGAGAAUUACAACUGGUGGUGGCAGUCGUUCCUCGUCGGCGGCGGCAGCUCUGUCUGGGUCUUCCUGUACUGCAUCUGGUACUACUUUGCAAAGCUGCACAUUACGGGCUUUGUGAGCAGCCUGCUGUUCUUCAGCCACAGCUUCAUUGCCUGCUGUGUGUACGCCCUGCUCACCGGAACGGUCGGUUUCCUGAGCGCCUACGCGUUUGUUCGUAGGUUAUACGGUGCCAUCAAGGCGGAUUAA